UCUGUGGAAGUCAGAAUAGAUCAGAUCUCCGGGGAGAGAGCAGAGCAGCAGCCCCCCCUGCUUCGGGUUUGAGAGGAAAUACUGCUCAAUUACCGACCUGCCUCCCUCUCUGGCCAUGUGACCCAUGUUGGUGUAACAGUUUCCCACCAACCAGGUUCUUUAUACUUUUUAACGCCUCCGCCCUUUUCUGUAGGGCUGCAGCGAUUGCUAAAACUCUCUUGGCCUCUGGCGCCAGAAACCCCAUGAGGAGCCAGCCCUCUAUCAGAAGCCAGGCAAGGCAAGCCAGCUUAGGGUGUGCACUCAGCAGCCAGACGCUGGAGCUGGCAUUUGAGGAGCAGGUGUGGGGUGAGGAAGGGGCUGGAGGACGUCUGUCGGAACAAAAAGUAAUCACCAGUGCCAAACAUUGGGGAGGGGGACAGGCAGAGUGAGGAACCUCAGACCUGGGAAUGAAGAAGAAAUUGGGAAGGGCCUAUGAGUUAGCAAGGGUUACCAACCAAGUGGGAGCAGAGCCACCUGUGUCGAGGUGGCGUCCAGCAGGACAACAGCAGACACACCAGGCUCGGGGGCCACCUGCGCUCGCUGGGCUUCCGUGAAUGCGUGCCUAAAACUUGGGGGAACAGGUCACAGAGCAACGUGCCGUCUCAGUCUUCCUCCUUGGCUACAGUAGAUCCCCUUUUUGAUAGGAUCUACAGCACUGGACCAGAGGAGAACCAGGAGAAAGAGACCCUGGAAUGGUCUCAAGGAGAAUGAUCCCGGACUGGCACAGCUCCUUGAUCCUCACGGCCUACAUCCUCAUCUUCCUCACUGGGCUCCCUGCCAACCUGCUGGCCCUGCGGGCCUUCGUGAGCCGGGUCCGCCAGCCCCAGCCAGCUCCCGUGCACAUCCUCCUGCUGAAUCUGACCCUGGCGGACUUGCUCCUUUUGCUGCUACUGCCCUUCCGGAUCGUGGAAGCAGCGUCUAACUUUCGCUGGUACCUGCCAAAGAUCGUGUGCGCGCUCACGGGCUUCGGCUUCUACAGCAGCAUCUACUGCAGCACGUGGCUGCUGGCGGGCAUCAGCAUGGAACGCUACCUGGGAGUGGCCUUCCCCGUGCAGUACAAGCUAUCCCGCCGGCCCCUGUACGGAGUGAUCGCCGCUCUGGUGGCCUGGAUCAUGUCCUUCGGGCACUGCACCAUCGUCAUCAUUGUUCAGUACCUGAACUCAACCGAGCCGGUGGGCACUGAGAACCAAAUAACGUGCUAUGAGAACUUCACCCAAGAGCAGCUGGACGUGGUGCUGCCUGUGAGGCUGGAGCUGUGCCUGGUCCUCUUCUUCGUCCCUAUGGUAGUCACCAUCUUCUGCUACUGGCGCUUCGUGUGGAUCAUGCUCACACAGCCCCAUGUAGGGGCUCAGAGGAGACGCCGAGCGGUCGGCCUGGCUGUGGUGACGCUUCUUAAUUUUCUACUGUGCUUCGGACCUUACAACGUGUCCCACUUGGUGGGGUUCUACCUGCGGCGGAGCCCUCCGUGGCGAGUGGAGGCUGUGGUAUUCAGCUCCCUCAAUGCCAGCCUGGACCCGCUGCUCUUCUAUUUUUCUUCCUCCGUGGUGCGCAGAGCUUUCGGAAAAAGUUUGCUAGUGUUCCGCAACCCCGGCUCCUCGGUGCUGGGCAGAGGAGCCAAAGAGACAGUGGAGGGGACCAGGAUGGACAGGGGUGCGAGUCAAACAGAGGGGGUCCCGAGCUCCGAUUUCGUCACUGAGUAGAGUUCCCAGAACCUUCUCCAGUCUCUGGUCACCCAGAAGUUGGGCUGGUUAGCAGAGCACCUGGAACUUGGUGAAAGAUUGAAAACUAAAAAAGAAAGACAUUCCCCAACCACGCUCCACUACCCUCUCAGCUUGGCAUAACUGCUUGACUGGAUUUUCCUGCUCCAGGAUACAAGAAGAAAUGGCUGCAGCCUUAAAUAGGGCCAGGGCCUCAGAAGCGAGGUGGCUAAUAGGAGGGCAUUUUGAAAAGUAAUCUUCCUUCAAGCUUGGAAACGCCAUCCAGAGACAGUGGUCUGGCUGAUGAUGCCGCAAAGAAGCCAAUGAGAAACGAUUGGGGGAAACCUGUGGGAAGAAAAAAAAAAAGCCCCGAAAAGCUCUAAGCCUCAGGAGGGACUGGCAGGGAGGACAGGGGCCGCGUCUCUGGUGAGCUUCGUCCCUCUGUAUCCCUUCGAGCUGUCCCUUUAUGAGUGUGCUCUGUUGAUUUUCGCAUUUUGGCCUUGUCUCCACUGUUGCACGUCUGUCCCCAGUCUCAUCCCACCCAGGCUAGGGUGUGUCUUGGUGCCGUCAGUCUAACGUAGACACUGACCUGCAGGGGAGGGCAGAAAACCCAGUCUGGUUUGGCAGGUUGAAAAUAAAGAUGAUGACCGCCUAAGGCAGAUGAUCA